AUGCAGGAGUUCACGAUGCACAUGCGCUGCAUGGCUGAGUACCUGCACAGGCACAGCCUUACCGGGUACACCCAGCCACCUUCUUCUGAGGACCGAGGGGCUGCCGCUGCAGAGCUGGGGCCACACGCAGGAGCUAGCAGCAGUGGCGCCCCCUGCCAGUGCUGCGGGGAACUGCAGACCAUGCGGGAGACCACCCAGCAGCUGGAGGCGUCUAGUGCGGCAGACCACCAGCUACGUGAGCUGAGCAUUCAGGCUGGCCUGGUGGCUGAGCUCCGUCGUAAGGUCACCUCGCGUGAGAGAGACCUAAAGGACCUGGAGGCCAAGCAGUGCCAGGCGUGUGUACGUGUGCCCUUGGAGGGCUUCUCGGUACUACAUACCCAGGCUGCCGGACAGCCCGUUGGUCACAGCCCGGGCUUCUACACGGGCCGGCCGGGCUACAACUGUCUGCGCCUCCACCUCCAAACGCUCGCCCAGCGCUGCUCCAACUACAUCUCACUGUUUGUUCACACCAUGCAGGGAUUUGAUGGGCAGCUGUCGUGGCCCUUCCGCACCAUCCGUCUGGCCGUGCUGGACCAAGGGCCUGAUGGCCAGCACCAUGUGGAGGUGAUGGAGACCAAACCUGACCUGCAGGCCUUCCAGAGGCCCACCAUCCAGGAACCCAAGGGCUUUGGCUACGUCAUCCUGCACCUGGAGAGCUGCAAGCAGCGGGGGUUUGUGCACGACGACACGCUGCUGGUGCGCGCGAGGUGGACGCCGCGGCUUCGACACGCCCUGAGGCGCGAGGGGGCGGCCAUGCAGCCCAGGGGCCCGAGGCCUCCUGUGUAGGACCCUUUUAACUUUCCAGCGACGAGGUCAAUCGCCACCAACGUUAUCAGUACAAGUAUAGUUUGCCAUUUUCCUGACUUCUUGUAUCGCACAGGAUCAUUUGCAUUGGGUUUCAGUCAUGACAACCUCAUGGGAAAGUGUACUGCUUCAGUUGUGGGUUUAUCUCCAACUCCAAAAGGCUUUUC